GAGUAAAAAUAGUUGAGAAUGAUAUUAGAGACCACUCUAUCCCAGGAACCUCUAUUCAAUCACUAUCCUCUUUAACUCUUCAACCCUUCAUCAACUCAUAGUCAUAUCUUUCCAUUGAUCCAAUUUCCCUCAAAUUUCGUAUAUUUCAUUCUCAGAACAAGAAUUGUUCGAUUGUGUUUGGCAUGCAAUCUUUCACUUACACUCGAUCAACAUUGUUGUAGAAAAUGGAGAAAACAAAGUCUAGUUGUGUAAAGGUCAGUAAUCAUAUACCUGAUGAUCUUACAGUUUCCAUUCUUUCAAAACUUCCUCUAAAAUCUUUGGUUCGGUUUAGAUGCGUAAGAAAAUCAUGGUCUUUCUUGUUCCAAGACUCCUAUUUUAUGAAUAUCUACCGCAUCCAUUUUGCAUCUAAUCACAAUUAUACCUAUGCUGAUCAUUCAUGUAUCAGUCAUGAGUUAAUUCAGCCAUAUUAUGAACUCCACAAUGCCUUGUUUUUGUAUCGUGGGAAGAGUUUUGAGAAUAAAGUAAGAUUAGAUUGGCCACCUCCAAUUCAACAGCAUGACCUAGGUUUUCAGUUUAUGGGCUCUGUUCUUGAUGGCACUCUUUGUUUCUCCCAAAAUUGGGAAAUCCCAAAUACUGUAUUUUGGAACAUUAAUACUAACAAAUUCAAGACUCUUCCUCCUAGUUCCCUCGAGUUUCCGCCACCUUUUUAUCAUAAUGCUGCGUGUGCAAUUCAUGGAUUUGGUUAUGACCAUGUUACAGAUGAUCAUAAGCUGAUUAGACAUGUAGCACAUUGUCUCCAUGUAACCGACGAUGAAGAUCUUAUUCCGCCAUACCAGGCUAACUGGGAAGUAUACAGUCUAAGAAGUAAUUCUUGGAAAAAAGUUGAUAUAGAUAUGUCCAACGGUUAUUUUAAUACAGAUCUCCGAGUUCACGUAAAUGGAGUCUGUCAUUGGUGUGAUGAACCUGAAGAUUGUUUGGUGUCAUUCGACUUGACAAAUGAUGCGUUCUUUAGAACACCCCUACCCUCACGUCUGGAUGGUAAUUUUGGCUUAUUAUUGGUAGAUAAACGGUUUGUGGCUUUAAAUGGGUCUGUUGCUUUUAUCUCAACCUGGGAAACAAGUUGUGCAAAUAAGCUAACUACUUUUCACAUAUCGGUUUUGGCUGAACUCGGUAGGAAAGAAUCAUGGACUAAACUGUUCAUUGUUGGACCAUUACCUUGUAUUUACCAUCCUAUUGGAGCAGGGAACAAAGGUGAUAUAUUCUUUUUGUCAAAAGAUCGCAAACUAGUUCAGUUUGAUUUAAUUACGCAGAGAAUUGAAAAACUUGAUAUUAGCUAUCGACUAGGUAAAAAGACACUCCUUUAUAAGGAAGUCUUUCUUCCGGUCGGAGAACUAAGAGAUGUAUGACCGUGAUUGUUAGGAUUUUAUCUUGUAUCAAUAAAGCAUGUCAUACUUAUUUUCAAAGUAUAUGAAAAAUUUAGAAACUGGUUGAUAAUAUGAAUUUUGCUUCAUCAA